AUGACUCAGACAGAAGGUACAAUGCAUUCAAAGCAGUUUAGUCCAUCAAACUCCGGUGCAUAUCUUGUUCUCAAACGGGUCGGGUUUUUAUUGUCUCCGCCGGGCAUUAAUGUUUUCGGAUCUUUGACGGUGGUUUUGGAUGAAGAAGUUGCUUCUUCAUUGGACUUUGGAUUUGAAUCCUUUACCGGGCCCGAACCAAAGGAGAAGCUCCAUUUCUUGCCUUGCGAGAUAUCGAAGGGGCUGAACAUAGACAUAAACAUGUUUCUUGUGUCGUGA